UCGAACUCACCCAGUGCAGAGAGAAAGGGAAGAAGAGAGAGGGAGAUGUGCACACGGACAGAAAGCACCUACAACGUCAGUGGGUUAUAAUGGAGAGCGUUCAUUAAAGGAUAUCCGCUGUGGUGAGCCGGAGCACUACGUUUCCCGCAGAGGAGGGAUGUGACAAGGCAUCUGCUCAGGACGGGAGAUGAGAUUCACACUGUUUCGAAGACCCUCUUCUUCCUGUGAUCUCAAACAGUCCGCCUGUGAGCCACCGGGCUUGAGGGGUGUACGGGACACUGGGCGCUCGGCUCACAGUUUAACGGUGGAUUGAAGAAUAUUCUUUAUUUCGUUUUUAUUUAAUCCUGUCAGAGCUCUGUGGGUCUCCGAGGGGAAGGGUGGUCUUCACCAUGAGGGCUGUUUCGGCAAACUUGUUCGCUCUUCUUUUCCUGUGCGCCCUUGCGAGUGUAUUCUACGUCUGGAGCGCACUGGAGAACCGUUUGGAGCGACACAAACGCGGGUUCUCUGCACCAGGCGCAGGGUCUUUUCACCAGGGUCUCCCCGCGGACCUCUCCGCCAAAACUUUCCGGGCAUUGCUAGCUGUCCCAGCGGCAAAAAGACCGCACUUGGGGGGCAGACUCGAGGCUCGCAACCUCACCCAUCAAACUGCCUCUGCAGGAAAUCGAGAUUACCAUGUGAAUGGGGAUAACAAGAGGUCAGCACUGCAGGAGGGCCUGGUCAAGUUAGGCUCCCCGGUGGAGGAUGGGAUAUUUUGGAGUGAAUGGCUAGAAGAUCUUCUCCCCGUGGGCUUCACAGAGGAAUAUGCGCGGUCUUGGCGAGAGAGAGCCAGGACAUAUCGGAUAGUGAAGCUGGAGCCGGGAUGCGGCAGGAUAUCUAACCAGCUUGCCACUUUUGCAGAUGGGACCAAAGCGUGUGUGCGAUACGGGAUAAACGCUGAUCAGGUGCAAGGGGAAACUUUAACCUACUACCUUGCCAGUUUGCUCGGCAUCACAAACCUGCCUCCCCUCGUACUGUCCCAGGUGAACAGUGACAGUGAACAGUGGGCUGCAGUGAGGACGCGAAUAGGUGGUUUACAGUGGAGCGAUCGGGCCGUGGUGUCUCUCACGGAGUGGGUCUCUAACCUGACCGGGGUCGUCACACCUGCGCCGCUCAGACAGGAGAGCAGCGGGCUGCAUCCUGUGCUCGGGGAGCUCCGGAACAAGACCACGGCGGAGCUGCUGGAACUGAUGCAGUGGAGCGACCUGAUCAUGUUCGACUACCUGACUGCAAACUUCGACAGACUCGUCAGCAAUCUGUUCAGCCUGCAGUGGGAUUCGCGCGUAAUGGAGCGGGACACCAACAACCUCCUUAAAACACCCCGCGGCGACCUUGUGUUCAUAGACAAUGAGGCCGGACUCGUGCAUGGGUUUCGGGUGUUGAACAUGUGGGAGAAAUACCACAGUACAGUACUGAGCUCCGUAUGUGUGUUCAGAAAAAGCACCAUGCAGCGCGUGGCGGAGCUGCACAGGCGCAGAGACGCCAGGAAGAGGCUGAGGGAACUCUACAGAGACAGCGAGCCUUUGUCCCAGGAAUUAGGAUUUCUCUCGGACGAGCACGCUGGUGUUCUCGAGGACAGGAUAGACAGAAUAUACAAACACAUUUUGCAUUGCAAAGCCAAGUACAGCCAGCUGUGAACAUUCAGCAGGCACAGCUGAUGGAUUUGCUGUCUGCAGAGUAUAAUGAGCUCUGCAAAGGCGCCUGGCACACCUGUGCUAAACUGAUGUCUAAUAUCAUUACUGUUUAGAAUAUCCAGCUGAACUACCUCUUGUGAAUAGAAUGUGUUGCCUACUUUAUAAAUAAGUACAUUUGACAGAAUUCCCCCUGCUGAGUUUUCCACUGUAUGCCUCAAAGAGAGGAAUGAUUAAGGCCAGUCUUUCCUGUCUUACUUCGCCCACUGAGGCUCACCUUAAUGGGAUUUAAUGUUAUAUGUCUGACUAGGGUAUAAUAACGCAGCCCCUCAAGUGUUUUUGGAUUCUUGCCUUAUGUUCAACAAUCCUAAUGAUACACUCCUAAAGCCUUAACAUAAGCUAACUGAAUAUUUCUGUUGACAUCUGGAUAGCUUUUCAUAGAGAAUUGUUUGCACAUUAUAGCAGCACCUGCACUCCUGUAAUUGUGUUUGGAUUGCAUACUCAGCCUUAAAAAUCAUAUCAUACCCAUUGUACAUGCUGUAAGUACUUUGUAAAUAUUGUCUGAAAUUUGAUGCUCCACUAAUUUAACAUGCAUUGUAACAUUCCAAAAAUCUUGUGUCCUUUUGAUAAAUACACUUUAAUUUAA